CAGUGAACACUGAAGCGUUUUACUAUGUGAACUGGAAAAUCAAAGCGAGAGGUGAGAAUGAGCGCGUCGGGUACAGAGGAGGAGAGGCCAGAGCUUGUGUGCCAGCUUGAACACGUUCAAGGCCUUGUUGACGCCCUCUCCGCCGUUCGAUGGAAGCGCCACCAGGACGCCGUCUUGGAGUUAUCCGAACACGGCAUUGUCCUCGUCGUUCAAGAAAGCGGUUGCCUCCAAGCCAAGCUUUAUCUCAAACGCGAGCUGUUCGUUCGCUAUGAUUAUAACGCUCAAGUACGACCUCGUUUUGGACUUAGUUUGGGGAUUUUUGUGGAAUGCUUGAAUGCUUUCUCGGUUCCUGCUCACUCCACCCCCAUUCAGAUUCAAUAUCCAGGUCCUGAUAUGCAGCUUCUCCUCAAAUCUGUAGAUUCGAUGGAUGCAAGCAUUUGUGCAGAGAUCAGAACAAGAAUUCCCGAAACAAUUGCAUGGGACUACAAUUUUGAACCAGCUGGGACAAAUCCCUUAACCUUUACCGUUAAGUCUGCAGCUCUAAAGGAAGCUAUUGAAGAUCUUGAAUGGCCCGGGUCAAGCAUCCAUGUUAUUUUAGAGCCAGAUCCUCCUUCUGUUACAUUAAGAGCCGAAGGACAUGGAGACUUGCAGAUAGACUUCCUGUAUUAUGCAAAUUCUGAUCUAUUAGUGGCAUUUCAGUGUGAUCAUCGAGUUUCAGUGAAGUAUAAAUAUAAGUUCUUGAAAGCAACAACUUCUAAUAUGCCUAGCAGUGUGAUUAAAGAAAAUAGAGGAAGCAAGUUAAGCAUAGGGAGGGGUGGAAUGUUGAAAGUUCAGCAUUUGGUUUCAAUUGCCAAACCAUUAGCCUCACAUUCCUAUGUUGAUUCUAUAGGCUAUCAGCAACCAAGUCGAGUAGCUCAUAUUGAAUUUUUCGUCAAACCAGAGGAAAGUGACGACUCAACUAAUGAUUAAUUGACUAUUUACCAAGAAAAUGUUCCUGAUAAUCUAAAAAAGGAAGAAAAAAAUGUUCCAUAACUUUUCAAAAUUAAAUCUGAAAAGUGAAAUGAUUGUUAAGCAGGAUGAUUUUAAUGAUUUUGUUGUACAUACUCUAGAUGAUUAGUUUGUAGCCAUGUUGGUGUGUAGAACUAGAUUUUGAGACAGUGAAACUAAGGGAAUGAUUGGUUUAUGAAAA